AUGAAAAACCACACCAUUACUACCUUCAUUUUAUUGGGACUAACUGAUGACCCUCAACUUCAGAUUCCAAUUUUCGUCUUCCUGCUUUUCACAUACAUGCUGAGUAUAUCAGGGAAUCUGACGAUCAUAUCCCUCACUUUAUUGGACUCCCACCUUAAAACACCCAUGUAUUUUUUCCUACAAAAUUUUGCCUUACUGGAAAUUUCAUUUACAUCUGCUUGUAUCCCCAGAUACUUGUAUAACAUAGCCACAGGUGACAGGUCAAUUACCUAUACUAUUUGUGUCAUCCAAGUGUUUUUUACUGAUAUCUUUGGAGUUAUCGAAUUUUUCCUUCUGGCCAUUAUGUCCUACGAUCGCUACGUGGCCAUCUGCAAACCCUUGCAUUAUGUGACCAUCAUGAACAGCAGAGUGUGCAGGAAGCUUGUCCUCUGCUGUUGGAUGACUGGCUUGUUGAUUAUUCUCCCGCCACUUACUCUAUUUCUGAAUUUGAAAUUCUGUGACUCCAAUGUCAUUGAUUAUUUUUUCUGUGAUGCAUCUCCUAUCUUGAGGAUUUCCUGCUCGGACACAUGGCUCAUAGAGCAAUUGGUGAUUGUCUGUGCUGUGUUAACCUUCAUUCUGACCCUCGUCUGUGUGGUUCUGUCCUACAUAUACAUCAUCAAGACCAUUCUACAAUUCCCUUCUGCCCAGCAAAGGAAAAGAGCCUUUUCCACCUGCUCUUCUCACAUGAUUGUGGUUUCCAUCACCUAUGGCAGCUGCAUCUUCAUCUAUGUGAAACCCUCAGCAAAGGAAUCUGUGGCUAUCAACAAAGGUGUGGCAGUGCUAAUGACGUCCAUUGCCCCCAUGUUGAACCCAUUCAUUUAUACUCUAAGGAAUAAGCAAGUGAGACAAGCUUUCAGUAAUUCCUUCAAAAAACUUGCCUUCAUCUCAAAGAAGAAAGAGAAUGUUUAA